CAUAAUAACAACGGGUUGUUAGUAAAGUCGGUACACUUUACAUACAAUGGCCAAAAUGUGACUGUCGUGUCCACUGUUAUACUAUUGUUUACUGCAGUUAUUUACUCCAUGUUGUAUACAACAUUUGCGCCCAAUUGGUUUUACACGAAAUACAUGUUCAUUACCAAUAUAUCGGCAUCGGGUUCGGCUAAUCGGGCCUUUACAACACUAGAAACUACCGGGUUUACUGUGGCCAGUAUCGUGUCAUUUAGCUACCAGUUCAUCAAUAGACAGCUGGUGUCGGCAACAUUUUAUACCCUAUUCACUGUCUCAUGUUUGCUGAUACUUUUAUCCAACAACGAAGUGCUUCUCUAUGUACUAUCGGUGCUCAUUGGACACGGAUCUGCUAUCUACUACUCAACUGUCACUGUCAUUGUUGUCGAGAUGUGGCGGCGCAAUACUAAUCAACGACUACCUGUGCUCCAGAUAUUACAACUUUGUCUAUCUGUAGGCUAUCUGUUAUCCAGACAUGGAGUGCAGCCGUUUCUUAAUGAGCUUAUGUUUAGCAGCGAUACCAGUGACGACCAAUUGCUACUAUCGCUACAAUAUUUAUUAUAUGGCACCUGUAUUUUAUCAGCUCCGGUACUCAUGUUUGUCGUCUAUUGUUUACAACCCGAUUCAAAAGUAUUGUCCUAUUCUAUCGUUGGUUAUCCUAGUGAUCAAUCACAGGCAGCACCGGGAGAUCACUCGACAACGACGACGACGACUGGCAAACAGUUUAAUACUAACUCUGGCCGUAAAAUACGACUACUAUUUGCCGCACUGUAUGUCAGUUAUAUAACGUUUGAGUCAAUGACAACAAAAUAUGGUUUUGUUUAUCUAAUAUUUUCGCCGAUCGGUAUCACCGAAGAUGAGUCGUCAACGAUAUACACUGUCAGCUCAGUCAUCUAUACACUAGGACUAGUACUUAAUAUUGCAUAUCCAUACCGUUUCACUACAAAGUCAAUCAUAACCUCACAUUUCGCUAUCAUAAUUAUCGGUGCCGUACUACAGGUGCCGGCACGACAUUCACUGGCCUGUGUAUGGUUGGCAACACUGGUCAAGUCACUGGGAUUUUCAGCCAUGACCUCAUCCAUACUGACCUACAUCGACGAUCACCUGAACCUAACUGACCGGUUAUUAGCAUUGUUUCUAUUUGCCAGAGGAUUGGUAUCACUAAUCGCACCGGUAGUCGUCGAGUUUAUUGUCGAAAUUCAUUCAGUUAUGUUUGUCAUCACAGAGUUAUCGCUACUGUUCCUAUCGGUUGUACUGUUUUUGGUGAUCAGCAGCUCAUUGAUUGACAAAACCGACUAUUAUAACAGCAAACAACAACAAUAUUAUAUACUAUUACUAUCAGAGCGUUUCAAUAGACAACUUUGGGUUAGCCUAUCAUUUAUACUGUUGACAAUAUUUUCGGCUACUAUACCACUGACGACACAAGUGGUCACACUGUAUAUAUGUGCCGCUAUGAUAGGCCUGUGUUCCGGUAUAUUUGUUACCUAUAUCUAUGUAUGGGGUAUUGAACUGUGGACAGACAGUCGACUGCCAAUCGUACAGAUAUUGGAACUGUGUUUUGGUGUUGGAUCGAUAUUUUCAACAAUAUUGCUUAGGCCUACAAAAUCACCUGUCUAUUGGCGCACCUUCCUAAUUGGCGUUCCGAUAACUAUGACUGUACUGUAUUUUUUGAAGCCAUACAAAAAGUCAUAUAAUAUCAACAAAACACUCAAUGGGUUGUUCAAUGAGGAAACACCAGUCGAUAGUAAACUGUUUGAUCGGCCAAAUAGUCAGCAAAAAAUUGUCUGCCAUUUGUUUGCACUGUUGUUUGCCUUAUAUAUGGUCAAUGAGACAAUAUUUAUGAAGUUUGCCGUUAAUUAUUAUCAACGAUCGCCGUUGAAACUCAAUGGCGGAGAAGCCCAGGACAUAUACUCGGUGUCCAUUGUUUUGUAUACACUCGGUGUGGCCAUCAAUAUAGGUCUCCCAUAUCUGUAA